UUUGCCUAUAAGCAUCGUAUCACAAAAGUUAUCAAGGAGCCAGAGAAAAAAGGAAACAGGAAUUCGUUGUUGGAACACUUAUCCCUGUGCAAACCAAAAAUUCUCCAUUCCCAGAAAAAAAAUAUGAAGUAUCUUCUUUUUUCCGCUGCUUUGAUAGCUACAGCAACAGCUGAGCUGAUCUGCCAAUGUAACACACCAACCUCCGGACCACCAUGCGAUAAAGAUAAAGAUACUUGUACUAUCCAAGAAGGACAAUGUUAUUCAGUUGAGAGAGGAAUCUCUAUCGAGAAAGAGAAGACAGUAAACGCAACAAGUAAAGGCUGCCAGGAUAUCAAAGGGGAUGUCUGCAAUGAAGGACUUGUGUUCAUUUCGUCUGAGAAUGCUUUUUAUCUGUUGAGCAACAUUAAAUGCUGUAAAGACAAAAAUCAAUGUAAUCAAAAUGAUGCUCCAAAACUUCCAAGCUUUUCAGAAGUUAACAAGACUCUUUCCAGCAAAAAGCUGGUUUGUCCAUCAUGCUUUGCUUACAAAAACAAAACAUGUGAGGGUGAACAGAUGUACUGCAAGGAAAACCAGGACAAAUGCUUCACUAUCAGUGGGACAGUCACCACAGGUUCAACUGCAGCUGAAGAGUUCGCCGCGAAGGGAUGUGCUACUUCAAAAACCAUCUUAAAAGUUAAUACCACCCUGACCUUUGGAGAGAACUCUUAUAAACUUGAAAAUGUCCAAGUUGAGGAAGCCAAAAGUGGUGCCAGCUGGAUUUCCAACUGCCUAUCUUUUGCUAUCCUUCUGCCAAGUGUCCUAUGGUUCCUACUGGACAGCUCCCUGUAUUAACCCCAACCUGCCAAUGUCCUCUCUACUCAAAUGGGGAAAGUGUCCCAUUGAAUUCUACCAAAGAAGGCAUACAGUAAAUCAAAAAAUUGUUGGCUUCAGCAA